GAUCGAUGAUAAUUGCUUCAACUAUAUAUUAUUUAAAUCUCACAUAAUUGUUCAGGAUUUCCGAUUGAUUCGAAAUGAAUACGAAGUUGUUGUAAACAUUAUAGCCGGCAAGGUUGCGCGACAAACAUCCUAAUCCCCGCUCAUACCCUCUCUCCGUGGUAUCGAAUCCUCAAGUCAUGGCUAUCCUCGAAGAGUUCCUCGAGUCUAUCCUGAAAUUUCUCAGAGCAAAGGAUGGAACAAGUCUACAGUUAUGGCUUCGAGUCGAACCUCCUCUCCCCGAUCACUAUUUCCAGCUUGGUCGAGAAUUGAAAGCGUCAUUUAAAAACAGCACGGCACUCGAACGCCAUAUCGCGAAGCUCCUGCCAGACGACCCCAAUGCAAGUUAUGAGGAUGGUAACGUUUGGCCAGGCUUUUUGGCUUUCAUGAAGGACUACCUGGAGUUCUGGAGGGAUGUAGAUUUCGAGGAUUUGUUGGAAACGCACUCACAGCUCACCGUUUUAGCAAGCACAUGUUUAGCAGCUUUAUCCAAUCCGACAUAUGGGAUAGUGAUACUCCCAACGGCCAUCCAACUAUCUACUGCCCUCGCGAAACUUGCAAUGACACUUGAUAAAAGACCGGAUCUUACCCGAAGAUUGCGAAGAGUUGCCGAUGUCGAUGCUGGAGAGACGCGAAAGACUUUGGUAGAAGGAACGGCAGAAACAAUACAGCGCGCUUUUACAGUUUGUUUGACGGAAAGGACCACGAAUAGGAAUGGGGUUGGGUCAGAUGGAAAGCCAGAGGGGAAGAAAGUUGGAAUAUACUCGUUCGCAAAUCUGGCUUUGAAACUCUUCUUUCAAUGCCGGAAAACGCGAUUGGCGAAUCAACUCAUCACGAAUAUCACCCAACACUCUCCACCAUUGGAGCUCUAUCCCGCAAGUCAAAGGGUAACAUAUCUUUAUUAUCUUGGCCGAUACUUCUUCUCGAAUACCCACUUUUACCUCGCCCAAUGCAGUCUUCAAGCUGCUUACGACCAGUGUCAUGCACAGUGCAUUAACCAGCGACGUCUGAUUCUGAUUUAUUUGAUAUCAUCAAACAUGAUACUCGGUCGAUUCCCAUCUCGGCCAUUUAUGUCACGUCCCGAAGCUGCUGGGGUACUUGAAAGGUUCACACCAAUUGUGAAGGCCAUCAAGUUGGGGAAUUUGGCUGCUUUCAAGCGUUCAUUGGGUCCAGAGGGCGGAAAUGAAAAAUGGCUGUUCGACAAGGGAAUUCUUCUGCCACUAUUGUAUCGUUGCGAAAUAUAUGUAUGGCGUUCACUAGCACGACGUGUUUUAUGUUUGACAUACCAGUGGCCGUUCGACCCCAAUUCAAAGAAAGCACCGACUCUAAACCUUGCCGAUCUAGUCACAGCUGCGCAGUAUUGCCAGAAGAUCCUUGAAGGUUGGCAGAGGCCUGCAGACUCUGCCGCGUUUAUGCAGUCAGGUCGUACACACGCAAAUACAAUGUUUAUAACAGCACAAGACUUAAUCAAGCCUCCAGGUGUGGUGAAACUUUCGCCAAAUGAUGGGGUAAUUUGGGGAGGUAAAAUGCCAGAAAUGUUGGAUGUCGAAGCAAUUGUUGCGAGUUUGGUACAGCAAGGGCUAUUGAGGGGGUUCAUUAGUCAUAUACAGGGUAAAUUUGCAAUUUUGGGAGCAAAACAAAGGGGUGGACCAUUGAAUGCAGGGUUUCCACCAGUAUGGGAAGUUAUCAAAGAUAGAGCUGAGAAAGAAGGACAUGGUAAUGAAGUACCGGGCUGGAUUACUGGUGCUGGCGGUGGAUAUACAAGUGGAGGAGUCGUUAAUUUAACUGGAAUUGCUCGACCCGCUGGGGCUACAUGAGCAGGAACGAAUGCGAAAUACCCAAGAAGCCCGAAUAAAUUUCAGAUUCAUAUCAUCUAAAAAAUUAGGUGUAAUUCUUCGCCGUCUCAUACGAACCGACCUCGUCUAUUGUGACCUUCUUAUCUGUAAAAACGUCCAGGAUAUCGGCAGGAGGUGGCUCAUUUCCCUUUACGGCAUGUGCCAAGAAGAUCCCUUCAACACAACCAAGCUUGCACUCAAGUAGACUAAAGCUUUAACAUCAAACUUCCGGCUUAUCAGUUUUGACGUCCUCGAAUGUAUGGAUAUAUGGCCAUACAAACGGUUCCUUGGAAUGUAUAUAAUUCUGGUAUACUUUCACCUCCCACGAAUCGAUGCUCGGCAGGACGAAGCAUUUUCACGAGUCAAACUUGCUAUUUUGUACAUUUCAGAGCUCAAUACAGAUAUACAACUAUCAUUCUUGGAUACUCCAAUCACUUCUUGUGGUGUCAAGCCGGGUGUGGUAUCUCCACGGUUCCAUUCGCUCUAGGUGAGAGCUAUUGAGGACAGUUCAAUCUAUGUUCAUCUGGUUCGCAUUUAAACCUGGAUUUGUACAUUAAAUUGAUCUUUCGUCUACAUAUAUUCACGACACGUACAAAGCGAAGUCUUUUUAUUUUCAUAAAUUUCCGUUGUGCGUGGGAAAGUAGCGAAGUUAAAUGUCAUCUAGCUGUUUAUUUGACUAUUGAAAUGAAUAAUCAAUUUGACAAUACGUGAGAUAUUCGAGGAUUCUUUGCUAAUCCUCAAACUGACCUGCGCUAUCUUUGAGAAUUAUUGUUGCAGCGUGCUUCUGGGAUUUUGAGGUGUCAGAUUUGCAAAUGGUGAGAAUAUGCCAGCACCAUGACAUAUACGAUUCUCAAGGUAUUGGAUAUUAUUCAUGUUCUUUCUUAAGGAUAGAUUAUAUCGAUGUUAGAGGGGAUAGGUGUAAGAGUUUCUUUGUUCCGUCUUGGGUGAUAACAGAGGGCAACGAAUUACAAACAUAGGCUUUAGAUUUACCGUUGCCAAAAAGCAGGUGAAUAGAUUAUUUACUUUCAUUUCUCGAGAUGAUGUCGUCCCAAUUUCACAAUAUACA